AUGGAAGACGUGAUUUAUCGCUCAUCACCGUCUCAUGAUCCACGAGAGGAGAUGAUAUCGCAAGCAUCCGUCGAUAAUACACCAGAUCCAGCGGUUGAGUAUCGACAGAAUGAGAAACAGGGCCAGUGUCAGGAACAGGAUCUGUACGAAGAACCCAACAUCGUCCUACCCCCUACCAUCAACGCUGCCUACGACUGGACCGGCCCCGAUGAUCCAGACAACCCUCGCAACUUCUCUGCCGCUUUGCGCAUCUUCAGCACCGUUGCCAUCACCAUGCUGGCCAUGAUUGGAACCGUAGCUGGAUCAAUGUAUGCGCCCGCACAAGACGCCGUCGCAUCAGCCCUCCACUGCAGCCGCAUUGUCGCUGUCCUACCCCUUUCGCUGUACAAUCUGGGGCUUGCCUUUGGGCCCAUGGUCGGCGCGCCACUUUCAGAGACAUACGGCCGCAAAUCCGUCUUCAUGCUCUCGACUCCAGUCUUUGUGCUGUUCAUGCUCGGAUCCGGCUUCAGUCGAUCAGUAGCCGGGUUGACGGCCUGCCGCUUCUUCGCCGGCGUGUUUGCCUCGCCCCUGAUCAACAACGCACCGGCCACGCUGCUCGACUUUACGCCGCCGCGGUAUCGGGGCGUCAGCCUGGGGGGUUACUAUGCUGUGCCGUCGUUUGGUGCUGCGUUUGGGCCCUUGAUUGGAGGGUUUGUCCUGCUUGUCAAGCCUUGGCAAUGGACGCAGUGGAUCUCCAUCGUCAUCACGGUUGCGUUUUACAUCCCUGUGUGCUUCACUCGCGAGACGUACAAGAAGGUGAUUCUCAAACGACGAGCUACACGUCUAGGAUUGCGUGACUCGGCAUCCCAGAGAACGUCACCGGGGCGAGCGUUUAGAUACUUUUUUACGACUCUGAUCCAGCGGCCCCUGCACAUGUUGUUCACGGAGCCGAUUGUCACACUAGUAAGCGUGUAUAACGGCUUCCUGUUUGGUCUUUUGUACACCUUUGUCGUGUCUGUGCCGUGGAUAUUCAGGCACUAUUAUGGAUGGCCAGCGGAGAGCGAGCCGUUGUCGUAUUUGGGGUUGAUGUGCGGCACGGCUCUUGCGGCGGCGCCCCUGAUUCUGAUUGAUCUUUUCUCCUACCAAAAGCGUUUGACGGAGUGGCAGCUUCGCCAUGAUGACGAUGAGCCACUACCCUCGGAGAAUCGUCUCAUGUCGGCUCUGAUUGGAAGCAUUAUGCUGCCAAUCUGUCUCUUCAUUGUUGGCUGGACGGUACAUUACCACGUACACUGGAUUGUACCCAUUGUCUUCCAAGGCCUUGUUAUGUUGUCAUCUCUUCUUGUCUAUGCGGGCGCUAAUCUCUUCAUGCUGGAUGCGUAUGGUCCGCUCUAUGGGGCGUCCGCAUCAGGAUCCAUGAUGUUCAGUCGUUAUCUGCUGUCUGCCGUGUUCCCACUCUUUGCAUUACAAAUGUAUGAGAAUCUUGGCGCGGGAUGGGCUACGAGCAUCCUGGGCUUUGUGACAUUGGUGAUGGCACCUAUUCCUUGGUUCUUUAGGGCGUAUGGGGAGAAGUUGAGGGCGAGAAGUAAAUACGAGAUGAGCACAUAG